AUGAUCAAGCUUGGAACUUUGAGGGGCACUGCCAGGCAACCUGACAAACAUUCCAUAAACGCUCCACUGCGGUUGGUCAGAUGGAGAUAUGGAGUCUUCAGCAGUGAUUCCUUUUCUGAUGAUGAUGAGGAUUUUGAAAUACCAAGGAAGAAGAGAAAUUUAAGAAGAUAUCUUCUGGUCAGCUUUCAGAAGUGUGCCUCAGCAGAAGUUGACAAGGAUACCAUGAAAAUCAGAGAAAGUCUGGCUGGUAUAGAGCAAAUGCAAAUAGAUGGUUCAGUACAAUUUGAUGGCGUGGGUGGUCUUUCUGAACACAUUUCAUCUUUGAAAGAGAUGGUCAUUUUUCCAGUGCUUUAUCCUGAAAUCUUUGAGAGACUGAAAAUCGAACCUCCAAGAGGCUGUCUAUUCUAUGGCCCACCAGGGACAGGAAAAACACUGCUUGCUCGUGCACUUGCUAAUGAAUGCAGUCAAGGUCACAUGAAAGUAACCUUUUUUAUGAGAAAAGGUGCUGAGUGCCUGAGUAAAUGGAUAGGAGAAUCUGAGCGACAGCUUCGUUUAUUAUUUGAGCAGGCCUACCAGAUGCGACCUUCAAUUAUUUUCUUUGAUGAGAUUGAUGCUCUGGCUCCUGUACGGUCCAGUAAACAAGACCAAAUUCAUAGCUCUGUUGUGGGAACAGUUCUGGCACUUAUGGAUGGCUUAGCAAGCAGAGGAGAGGUUGUGGUAAUAGGAGCCACCAACAGACUGGAUUCUAUAGAUCCUGCUUUACGAAGACCUGGGCGCUUUGAACGAGAAUUCCGCUUCAGUCUGCCAAACAAGGAGGCAAGAAAAGAAAUUUUCAAAAUUCACACACGAGACUGGAACCCGAAGCCAUCGGACAACUUGCUUGAAGAGCUGGCUGAAGAAUGUGUUGGAUACUGUGGUGCUGAUAUUAAAGCCUUAUGUGCUGAAACUGGUCUCUGCGCUUUGCGGCAUCACUAUCCUCAGCUGUAUGAAAGCAGAGAGAGACUGCAGAUAAACAUGGAUUCAAUUAAAAUAAAAGCAAAUGAUUUUUCCGUGGCCAUGCAGAAGACUGUUCCAGCUUCACAGAGGGUUAUGCCUUCCUCUGGAAGAGCACUAUCAGCUAUUUCAAAGCCACUGUUAGAAAACACACUGGAAAGGAUUUUAAAAACCUUGCAGAGAGUAUUUCCCCAUGCCGAGCUUGCACUAAAGAAGGACCAACAACAAGGUACAACAUCUACAUUCACUUGAAAUUAUGUGAUUGAUAGUGAUGAGGAAUCACCAUCAGUCUCUGAAGAGAGGCCGACUCAUAAAGCAUCAGAUUGCAAAAAGGCGGAAUUCCGCACUUUUGGCAGAAAUCCUCGUGACCAGCCAACAUCUUACAGGCCACGGUUCUUACUAAUUGAAGAGCCAGGAUCUGGGCAAGCUUCUGAUUUGGCAGCUGCAGUAAUACAUUCCCUGGAAAAGUUUCCAAUUUAUACAAUAGAUACACCAACUUUGUUUGCUAGCACAUCACCUGAUGAAACAUGUGUACAGUUGAUGCGAGAAGCUCAAAGAUCAGCACCCAGUAUCGUGUAUGUCCCAGAAAUCCCUUCAUGGUGGGAGACUGUUGGACCCAUGCUGAGAUCUGUUUUUACAACACUGCUGCAGAGCAUCCCAAGGUUUACUCCAGUUUUACUCCUUGCAACAUCUAAUGUACAACUGAGAGAUCUCCCAGAAGAGAUAAAAGCAUUGUUUAAUAUUGAAUAUGAGGAAGUUUUCAGAAUCCCACGUCCUACCUGUGCUGAGAGAACUUUUUUUGAGGACUUGGUUAUGAAGCAAGCUGCUCAACCUCCUGCAUUAAAAACCAACACAACCUGCCAGCCUUUGGAAGUGCUGCCUGUAGCACCACCACCCAAGCCUCGAAAGCUGACAGAGGAAGAAAUAAGACAGGUGGAAGAGAUGGAAGAGGAUACGUUACGUGAACUUAGGAUUUACUUAAGAGAUGUGGCUCAAAGACUUCUCACUGACAAACGUUUCAAAGUAUUUAAAAAGCCCAUUGACCCAGAGAAGACACCCAAUUACAAGGACACUACUAAACAGCCCAUGGAUCUCUCAACACUUCUCUCCAAGGUUGACAUGCACCAGUACUUGACUGCAAGAGAUUUUCUAAAGGACAUCGAUCUCAUCUGUAGCAAUGCUUUAGAGUUCAACCCCAAAAAAGGGCCUGCAGAUCAUCUCCUGAGACACAAAGCCUGUACUUUGAGUGAUACUGCAUAUUCCAUAGUGAGGCGUGAAAUGGAUGAAGGUUUUGAGCAAUGCUGCCAAAAAAUUAAAGAAUCUCGUAAGGAAAGAGGUAGGGUUUUUGCCACACAAGACACAAUUCUUUGCGGGUGUAAGAUCUCAGACACAAAGUGUAACGAAAAAUGGAAGUUGUGGACACCAGUACCUCCUACUCUAAUGGCAAAUAAGUCAAAAACAAAAUGCAAAAUGAAGGAAGACUCUUCAAGUAUUGCAGUAACGAGGGAGAAUGUUCAGUUUGCAUCCUCUCAGGACAGUCCUAUGGAAGAACAUGAAAAUGUACUUCAAGGACAACAGAAAAAUGGGACAGAAAAUGGAAGCGAGAAAGUGACCCUUGUGGCUAAAUUCCCUACUGAAAAAAGGAGUGUUAUGCUUCCUGAAUGUUCAGACCUAAGAGAGGAGAGUGAAAUGCUGGAUUGCCAAAUAGCCACAACUUCUGAAGAUGCAUGUUCAAAUGAUUCACAAGUACAUCAUACAGCUUGUGUGGGACAUUCUCAGGUGGAUGAGCAACUGCAAAUAUCUGACGGGAACGGGAAAGCAAAGAAAACUCACACACAGGGAAUGUCUGUGGAUUACUCUGAGCUCAGACAAGUGCUGGAUUUGGUCAUUGUGGCAACUGAGAAUGUCAGUAUAUCUCGCAUGGAAAGACUGUAUGCUCUUCUUAGCCAGUGCAUUUAUCGACAUCGGGAAGAUGAUGACAAAACUGAAUUAGUGAAGGCAAUGAAGAAAGAAAUUGCAGCGCUAUCUGUGAUACAUGACUGCAGUAUAUUCUAAUGUUGAUGUAAUUCUCCCAAAUGGAAAAGUUACAUUUAAUGUCUCAGUAAUUGUAGCAGCUAUAGAACAAAGAAUAGAAGAAACUUCUUUUACCAUAUGAAGGAAACCAGACAUAACCUCCACUCUGACUAUGGAUCAUCCCCUUGCACACUGGGUGAAAGAGCCCAUUUCAAGACAACAAUGUUUUCUUUCCAUGGAAACAGCAUGAAAUUCUUCUAGUGGAUCCUGGUUCUGACUCCUGAUGUUGUCACAAAGCUUCCAAAUAUUCUUGUCACUGUAAGACAUGGGAACUGAUUUUUUUUCUUUAAUUUCUUCCUCUAAUUUCUAGUGAAGUGAGCUGGGAGGUUCUGGGUUCUGCAUCUUAGACACAUCAACCCUUUCUGUGUGUACAGACUGGAGAAUAAGAAGCUGAAGAGCAGUGCCACAAAAAAAGACCUGGAUCAUAGCUGAUGGUUGAAUCUGAGUCAGCAGAGCCCUGGCAGCCAGGAGGGCCAAUCCUGUCCUGGGGUGCAUCAGGCACAGCAUCACCAGCUGGGCAAGGGAAGGGAUUGUCCUGCUCUGCUCUGCCCUGGGGCAGCCUCACCUUGAGUCAUGUGUGUAGUUUUGGGCUCCUCAAUAUAAAAAAGACAUUGAACUAUUACAGAAUGUCCAAAGGAGGGUAAUGAGGAUGGUGAAGGGCCUUGAGGGGAAGCCGUAUGAGGAGUGGCUGAGGUCACUAGGUCUGUUCAGCCUGGAGGAGGAGACCUCACUGCAGUUACAAGUUCCUUUUGAGGGGUAGGGGAGGGACAGACAUUGAUCUCUCCUCUAUUGUGACCAGUGACAGGAAUUCCUGAGGGAAUGGCCUGAAGCUGUGUCAGGGGAGGUUUAGAUUGGAUAUUAGAAAAUGGUUCUCCAACCAGAGGGUGGUUGGGCACUUGAAUGGGCCCCCCAUGGAAGUGGUCACAGCACCAAGCCUAAAGUUCAAGAGUUUGGACAAUGCUCUCACACAUAUGGUGGGGUUCUUGGGGCUGUCUUGUCCAAGGCCAGCAGCUGGACUUGAUGAUCCUUGUGAGUCCCUUCCAAGUCAGAGUAUUCUGUGAUUCUGUGAGAGGCCAGUACUGAGAUCAGCCUCCCAGCUGUGGCACAGGCUGGCAGAGGAUGGCACUCCUGCUUGUGACUCUGGCUACCCUGUCACUUCACAGGGGUGAGGGAAGCACUCACCUGCCCCAUCCUUGUCCCCCAGCAGCCCUUACCAAUAGCAGCUGGUGCAGGCAUGGGCAGGAUGGGACCUUAUUGCCUUGCAGGUGGCUAGCACAAGGGUGUUGGAAGUAGAUGAUUUUUAAGGUCCUUUCCAACCCAAACCAUUCCAUGGAAUGUGUGGCCAACUGUAUAUGUAUAUGUGUGAAUAUAUAUGUAUAGAUAAGGUAUAUGUAUGUGCUCUCUCUGCAUGUGCCUACUCAGAAUAAAGCUUUUGCAUGCUUAUCGAGUAUUAACUAUUAAUAUUUCAUAAACUCAUUUUUUUACAAUUCUUUUCUGGACUUUAGAAAGAAGUAGGUAAGGGGAAAUGACGGC